AUGAAUCUGUUCAGGCUGUACGUGAAGGCAGUCUUCACGGGAUUCAAGCGUGGACUUCGUACACAGUCUGAGCACACCGCCCUGCUCAAGCUUGAUGGAGUGUUCAACAAGGACGACGCCAAGUUCUACAUUGGAAAGCGCGCUGUCUACCUUUACAAGGCCCACAACAAGACAACCCUUUGGCGACUUUCAAGAUCACCAUGA